CGCCCCCGGAAAUGUCUUCCUGCGUUUUUGUCAUUGAGCAAGCUCUGUCUGUCAGAGCUUUACAAGAAAUGGUCACAGCCAUGUCUUCAGAAUCUGGCAAAAGUACAACAUCUGGUCACCGAACGCUAUUAUAUGGCCAUGCAGUAUUGCUACGGCAUCACAAUAGUAACAUGUACUUAGCUUGUCUUUCGACAAGUUCGUCCAAUGACAAAUUGGCAUUCGAUGUUGGCUUACAAGAACACAGUCAAGGGGAAGCGUGUUGGUGGACAAUCCACCCAGCAUCGAAGCAAAGGUCUGAAGGCGAGAAAGUUCGAGUCGGUGAUGACCUGAUCUUAGUGAGCGUCGCAACUGAAAGAUAUCUGCACACAGCUCGUGAAGGAGCAGAAACUAUUGUAAAUGCAAGUUUUCAUUUGACGCACUGGUCCGUGGCUCCUUUUGGUACUGGAUCGAGUAGAGUGAAAUCUGUUGGUUACGUAUUUGGAGGAGAAGUGUUACGUUUCUUUCAUGGAGGUGAUGAAUGUUUGACGAUACCACCCACGUGGGCAGAUGCACCUGGACAAAACAUCGUAGUUUACGAAGGUGGAGCUGUGCUUAAUCAGGCUAGAUCCUUAUGGAGAUUAGAACUAAUAAGAACAAAGUGGGCUGGAGGUUUCAUUAACUGGGGAUACCCUCUUCGUGUCCGGCAUAUCACAACAGGUAGAUACCUAGCUUAUAAUGAGAACAGAGAAGUGUAUCUCGUCAACAAAGACCAAGCUUCUGUUGCUGCAACAGCCUUUGGAUUACGGCAAACUAAAGAUGACAAGAAAAUAGUUCUAGAUGAGAAAGAAGAGGAAGUACUUGGCUCUCCUCUGAUAAAAUAUGGUGAUACUACAGUCUUUCUCCAACAUCAAGAAACUGGUCUUUGGCUGUCUUACAGGACUUACGAAACGAAGAAAAGAGGUGUUGGCAAAGUUGAAGAAAAACAAGCUAUCAUGUCUGAAGAAGGUAAGAUGGACGACGGUCUGGAAUUCAGUCGCUCUCAAGAAGAGGAAUCGCGCACUGCUCGUGUUAUCAGAAAAUGCAGUUUUCUUUUCAACAAAUUCAUCGUAGGGCUAGAUUCUCUACAAAGAGAGCAAAACGAGGCUUUCAAAUUUACAGCUGCCGAUCUGGAAGAAGUGAUUCAUUGUCUCGAAGAUUUGAUUGCAUAUUUUGCACAGCCUGAAGAAGAUAUUGAGCACGAAGAGAAGCAGAACAAGCUUAAAGCCUUGAGAAAUCGUCAGGAUCUUUUCCAAGAAGAGGGUAUUCUGAAUCUCAUUCUAGAUACAAUUGACAAAAUAAAUAUGAUUUCCAGCUCAGGGUAUUUAAUUGCUUUUACUGGAGAAGAAGCAGCUCAACUAUGGGAUGCUAUUUCUGGCUAUCUUUACCAACUGUUAGCUGCUGUUAUCAAAGGAAAUCACACCAACUGUGCUCAAUUUGCUCAAUCAAAUAGGCUUGACUGGCUCUUUAGCAGGUUAGGAAGUCAGCAAGCUGCAGAAGGAACUGGUAUGUUAGAUGUACUUCACUGCGUUCUUAUUGACAGUCCCGAAGCUUUAAACAUGAUGAAAGAAGAUCACAUCAAAGUCAUCAUAUCUCUUCUAGAGAAGCAUGGCAGGGAUCCUAAGGUGUUAGAUGUUCUUUGUUCCCUGUGCGUCGGUAACGGUGUCGCUGUAAGAAGCAGUCAGAACAAUAUCUGUGAUAACUUACUUCCAUCAAGAAGUUUGCUGCUGCAAACACGUCUCAUUGACCAUGUGGCAAGUAUGCAUCCGAAUAUUUUUGUGGGAAAAGUGGACGGCUCUGCUAUGUUCAGGAAAUGGUAUUUUGAAGCUAUGGUGGACCACUGUGAGACAGUAUCCCAUUUGGAACCUCACUUCCGUGUUGGCUGGGCCAAUACAAAAGGAUACGUUCCUUACCCUGGAGGAGGCUUAAAAUGGGGUGGCAAUGGAGUAGGCGACGAUAUAUACUCAUAUGGCUUUGAUGGAGCUUUCAUGUGGGCUGGUGGAAGAUGCAAUAAAGUUCGUCAGAUAGAUGCUCCAUUUAUUCAAAAAGGGGAUGUGAUUGGCUGUAUUUUAGAUCUAAAUGUUCCUCUCAUGUCAUUUACAGUCAAUGGUAUAAAAGUUAAAGGUUGCUUCAAAAACUUCAACACCGAUGGGAUGUUUUAUCCAGUCAUAAGCUUUUCAGCAAAACUCAGUUGUCGUUUCAUACUCGGAGGCGACCAAGGCAGACUUCGCUACGGACCACCAGAUGGCCAUUCGCCACUUGUAGAAUCUCUCCAGCCAAAGCAAAUCCUAACAGUGGAACCAUGCUUUGAGUUUGGAGAACUUAGUAAAGGCGUAAUUAAUGGUCCCAUGCUUGAACUGGAUGAUACAGCUUUCGUUCCUGCGCCAGUUGAAACCACUGGAAUUACUCUUCCAGGAUACGUCGAAAAUGUGAGAGAUAAACUGGCUGAGAAUAUCCAUGAAGUAUGGGCUAUGAAUAAAAUCGGUGCCGGCUGGUCAUACGGGGAGAUAAGGGAUGACGUCCGCAAGAAGCAUCCAUGUCUUACAUCAUUUGACAGGCUACCAAUGGCGGAAAAAAGAUACGACACGACGCUUGCUCUACAGACGCUAAAGACAAUCAUGUCUUUGGGGUACCAUAUCACUGUUGACAAGCCGCCGGCAAGAAUUAGGAGCAUCAAACUUCCAAAUGAUCCAUUCUUGCAGCCAAACGGUUACAAACCUGCACCUUUAGAUCUGCAUGCUAUCACACUGAAUCAGAAAAUGGAAGAACUCGUAGAGUUAUUAGCUGAAAACACCCAUAACGUGUGGGCGAAAGAGCGGAUACAGCAAGGCUGGACUUACGGUUUAAGCGAAGACAGCGUUUUGAAGCGAAGUCCGCAUUUGGUCCCCUAUAAGAAUGUAGAUGAUGCUAUAAAGAAAGCUAACAGAGAUACUGCUAGCGAAACAGUUCGAACAUUGCUUACGUAUGGCUACAUUUUGGAUCCACCAUCCACAGAAGCUCUAGAAGGAGCUGUUGGAAAGAAAGAUUUCAUAAAAUAUGAUCAAAGGACUUACAGAGCAGAAUCUACAUAUGCUGUUACAUCUGGUAAAUGGUACUUUGAGUUUGAAGUAAUGACUCCGGGUUCCAUGAAAGUAGGAUGGGCAACCCUUUCUUUUAUUCCAUCUGUGGAACUUGGAGGAGAUGAGCAUUCUUGGGCUUAUGAUGGACAUCUGGGAUGCAAGAAACAUGGCGGUGGUACUGAAGGUUACGGGAAGCAAUGGCAAGUUGGGGAUGUCGUAGGCUGUUUGCUGGAUAUACAUGACAAAACUAUCAGUUACACAUUAAAUGGUGAGCUUCUACUGGAUGCCAUGGGAGGUGAAACUGCAUUUAGCGAUAUUCCAACUGAAGAAGGUUUUGUACCUGCUUUCACAUUUGGAAUCGGCCAGAGAGCUAAACUGGUUUUCGGACAAGACGUAAACCAUUUGAAAUAUUUCACAGUAUGUGGUCUACAAGAGGGAUUUGAGCCUUUCUGUGUAAACAUGAAUCGCAAUAUGACUUUUUGGUAUAAUAAAGAUGAAGCAAUCUUCAUAAAUGUAGAUGACAUGACUGAAUCACCAAUUGAUGUAACAAGAAUACCACCUGGUACUGAUACUCCUCCAGCCCUCAAAAUUUCUCACAGAAUUUAUGAAACUGUCGACAAAGUAAAUUAUGAAUUUCUAAGACUUAGUCUUCCAGUAACCUGCAACGAUGAAUUCAUCGAUGAAUUAGGUAAAACUCAGAACUGGGAAGAAAUAAGAAGGCGACAAAGAGGACAACUAGCUGAAAGAGCAGCACUUCGCCAUCCAGCAGCCAAUUUAGAACAACACAUGUUAAAAAGUGGCUUCAGUCUUUCUGAUGUUAAAGAUUUGCAAAGAGGAUAUUCUGAAGACGCUGCUGAAGACCAUCGAGGGCCACUUCCUAAACGCCAUUCUAUGGAUAUGGCCAUGAACUUGGCAGUUCCUGAUCUGGCAUCUGAUCCUUCGAGGCUUCACGCAUCUACUGAAGAUAUUCAUAAGAAAGGCGUUGAAAGUGGGGCAGAGAGCGACGUGGCAGGAAUGGAGCCAGAUAGGCCCAAAAGAAGAGGAAGAUCACCAUUUCGUUUCUUUAAAAAGAAAGAUGAAAAGCCAAGUCCACAAGAAACUUUUGCUGACAGUCAGUUGCGAGCUAAAGGAAUGGAUGGUCCUGUUGGAACAAGUUUGGCGGUCAGAGAUCCUUCCCUCCGGGCAUCUGCAACUCAGCUAGUACCUCCGGCAGUGCCUGAUCGACCAUCUGCGCUGAGUCCAUCUGCAGCUGAAAGAGCCGGAUCUCCUCGGCGACUCUCUCGUGUUCCAACAGAAAUUUCUCCACCAGAAGAUGGAAGCGAUUACAUAGACUCUUCUUCCUUGGACCUGGUCGAUGAAUAUUAUUAUGGGAUUCGUAUUUUUCCUGGACAAGAGCCAAACCAUGUAUACUGCGGUUGGGUCACCACUACUUACAAGCAGUUUGCCACAACGUUUGACACAAAUCGUAUUCGAAAAGUUAUGUUCCAAGGCUACGAUGAAAAUUCAAUUCAAGAUGUGAUGGAUCGUCAAGACUGCUACAUGGUUUGUGCAGGACAGCUUCAUUCAGAUGUAAGCCAAGGCGAUGCAAGUUCACGUAGUUCGAAUCAAGGCAUGGUUGUAGGAUGCCACGUUGACACUGCUAUGGGAAUUCUUACUUUCACAGCUGAAGGGCAGCCCACAAGAUACAGCUUUAAGGUCGAGCCUGGAACAAAAUUGUUUCCGGCUGUGUUUUUCGAGGCUACGAGCAAAGAAGUUCUGCAGUUUGAACUUGGAAGAACUUUAACUACUCUUCCUUUAUCUGCUGCUGUUCUUCGUAGUACAGAGAGACAUCUCACUCCACAAUGUCCUCCAAGACUGAAGGUUCAAUGCUUACAGCCAUAUCAAUGGGCACGUGCUCCAAACAUAAAUCUGAAACCUCAUGCAUUGAAACUAUCUGAUAUUCGAGGGUGGAGCAUGCUGUGUGAAGACCCAGUUUCAAUGCUUGCUGUUCACAUUCCAGAAGAAGAUAGAUGCAUUGAUGUUUUGGAGCUAAUUGAACGAGAGAAGCUUCUCAGUUUUCAUGCUCAUACAUUAGCUUUAUAUGGGGCUCUCUGUUUCCAAGGCAAUCACAGAGCAGCACAUAUUAUUUGCGGCCACGUAGACGAAAAACAACUUAUGUACGCUAUCCAAUCGGAAUACAUGUCUGGACCACUUCGAACUGCUUUCACUGAUCUGUUGAUUGCGCUGCAUUUAGAAUUUCAUGCAUAUGCGAGGAGCUUAACGCAAAAUGAAUUCAUUUUGCCUUUGGGACCAGAUCUACGAUCUAUGUAUGAAGAUCCUGCUUCAGCUCAUAGUCUCUCAACAAUGCAAUAUUCAUCCAUUCGUCCAGAAAUGACAAUGAGCCCAAUUGCCGAAAAAAUAACAUCUCUGAAAGACCUGAGUACACCAUAUUUUCCUGUGGAGUCUUUGAAACAAUUCAUUAUGGACGCUCUAGACGAUGCAGUUUGCAAAGGAAAUCGGCCUAAUCGCGACCCUAUUGGUGGAAGCAAUGAAAACCUUUUUGUCCCCAUUAUUAAACUCGCCGACAAGUUGCUACUGAUUGGCUUACUACAAGAUGAGGAAUUGCAGUGGCUACUUCGCCUGAUUGAUCCAGAGAACUUCGAUCCUGACUUCAAUCCAGAAAACGAAAACCAGGUACGUGGUUUGAUGGCUAUGAACAUAGCAGAAGGAGUUAAGCUCCAGAUGUGCUAUUUGCUGCACCACCUGUUUGAUUUGCAACUGAGACAUCGAAUUGAAUCCAUGAUUGCUUAUUGUGAUGACUACGUUUGUGAACUCCAAAGUGAUCAACUUCGAAGGUACAUCGAAAUUAAACAGUCAGACAUGCCUUCUGCUGUAGCUGCAAGAAAAACUAGAGAAUUCAGGUGUUCCCCCAAAGAGCAGAUGAGAGCAAUCUUGUGCUUUAAAAAUUUAGAAGAGGAUCAAGUUGAUCAGUGCUCUUGUGGGGAAGAACUCCGCGAAACUUUGCUCAAUUUUCACGAAGAGCUUGUUGGUCGCAUUAAAGGUGUAUGUUCAUCUGAAGACAAAGAAGAAUCAGAUGAAAAAGCGGAAGAGCCAUCAAAACCAUGGACUCAGAGAAUUUUGAAUAUUGUAAAAAUGGUCAAAGCAGCAGAUCAAGAAGCAGAAAAACCUGAAAAGGAAGGACCGAGGCCAGAGGAGCUGUUUCAAAAGAAAAUUGUGAUUACAGUUGUGAAAUGGGCGGAGGAAACUGAAAUCGAAAACCGAGAACUUGUGCGACAAAUGUUCCACCUACUUCUUAGAGCAUUUAAUGGUAUUGGAGAGAUAAUGAAUGCGAUGGAAAACACGUACACAAUUAGCACGAACAGCAAGAGCGACGUUGUAGUUCUUUUAGGAUAUUUGCAAAGAGUGAGAGCUCUAUUACCGGUGCAGAUGGGCCCAGAAGAAGAGGAAAUAAUGCGUAAUAGCUUGUGGGCUAUGGUCAGCAACAGGGUAUUCUUUCAGCACCCGGAUUUGAUCCGCAUUCUAAGAGUUCAUGAGAAUGUAAUGAAGGUCAUGAUCAAUACUCUGGCGAAGAGAGCUCAAAGUGAUUCAGGACCGAAUACCUCACAUGAGAUGGUAGUGGCCUGCUGUCGUUUCUUAUGCUUCUUUUGCCGUACUGGAAGACAAAACCAGAAAGCUAUGUUUGAGCAUCUGGGAUUUCUGCUAGAGAACAGCAAUAUUCUACUGUCACGUCCAUCUCUUCGAGGAUCUACACCUCUUGAUGUUGCUUAUUCCUCUCUCAUGGAAAACAGUGAAUUGGCUCUAGCUCUUCGGGAACACUACCUAGAAAAAAUUGCUAUUUAUCUGUCUCGUUGUGGUUUGCAAUCAAAUCAAGAUCUAUUAGACAGAGGCUAUCCUGAUGUUGGUUGGGAUCCUUUAGAAGGUGAACGUUAUUUGGACUUCUUAAGGUUUUGCGUGUGGGUGAACGGGGAAAGUGUUGAAGAAAAUGCGAAUCUUGUAAUUCGUUUACUGAUUCGAAGACCUGAAUGUCUUGGGCCAGCUUUACGAGGUGAAGGGCCGGGUCUUCUUGCUGCCAUCAAAGAAGCUAUCAAGAUGUCUGAAAAGAUAACAACCGAAAGACUUGCCAAAGGCGAACCUCAUGUUGAAGAUGAUGAAGACUACAUUGACAUGGGCUGUGCAAUUCUGAAUUUUUACUGUGUCUUGGUUGACUUAUUAGGAAGAUGUGCACCAGAGGCCGCUGCCAUAGCCCAAGGCAAGAAUGACUGCAUACGAGCUCGUUCCAUUCUUCGCUCUUUGGUACCUAUGAAAGACUUAGAAGGAGUCCUUGGACUAAGAUACAAUCUUCUCACGUCCCAAGAGGGUGAGAGUGACAUGCCUAUUGGCCUGCAGCCGAAUCAUAAACAAUCUAUAGUAUUAUUUUUGGAAAGAGUGUAUGGAAUUGAAAGCCAGGAAACUUUCUUCCGCAUUUUAGAAGAUGCUUUCCUACCUGACCUUAGAGCAGCAACAAUGUUAGAAAGGUUUGACGGUUCCGAGAGUGAGAUGGCUCUUGCCUUAAAUCGUUACAUUGGAAACUCAGUGAUGCCAAUUCUUAUCAAAUACUGUCACUAUUUUGGUGAUGCUGAUAACUAUGCUAGUCUUCUUGAUGCCACUCUCCACACCAUUUACCGGUUAUCCAAAGUGAAGAUUUUGACGAAAGGACAAAGGGAAGGAGUGUCGGAUUUUCUUGUUGCUUUAACACAUGAGAUGCAGCCUAGUAUGCUUCUUCGUCUAUUGAGGAAAUUAACAGUAGAUGUUUCUGUGCUUACGGAGUACACUACCGUAGCUUUGAGGUUACUUACAUUGCAUUUUGAACGCUGUGGAAAAUAUUACGGUUCUCCAGGAGGACAAGGAGCUUAUGGUGCUGCAUCUGAAGAAGAAAAGAGGCUGACAAUGAUUCUCUUCACAAACAUUUUUGAUUCUCUUGCAAAAAUGGAAUACGAUCCAGAGCUCUUCAACAAAUCUCUGCCUUGUCUAACAGCAAUUGCUUGCGCUCUUCCACCUGACUAUUCACUUACUCAGAGUGGAGAAGACGAUUUGUACAAGCAGUCCGGACCAACCGAUGGCCCUUACAAUCCUGAACCUAUCGUAACAACUGCAGUACAACUGACGCCUGAUCUUACUACUGUGAUCGUGAAAUUUGCAGAGCAUUUUCAUGAUGCCUGGGCUAGCCGUAAGAUGGGCAACGGUUGGGUUUAUGGAGAUUAUUGGAAUGAUGAAAGAAAACUACAUCCACGUCUAAAACCAUACGCAUUAUUGGGUGAUUGGGAGAAAGAACGGUAUGAAGAACCUAUUCGUGAAUCUUUGAAAGCAUUAUUAGCUCUUGGUUGGAAAUUAGACUUGAGUGAAGCGGCUCGCAGUUCAUUGCCGCGAACUUCAAAACCUCCUGAGUCGCCACAUACUUAUACUCCGCAACCAGUGGACAUGACUAAUUUAACCUUGACGAAAGAAAUGCAGAAUAUGUCUGAAAGAUUGGCUGAGAAUGCCCAUGAUAUGUGGGCAAAGAAGAAGAAAGAAGAGCUACAAGCAUUAGGUGGUGGAAUUCAUCCCCAGCUUGUUCCGUAUGAUCUACUGACAGAUAAAGAGAAAAGGAAAAAUCGAGAACGUUCGCAAGAAUUUUUAAAAUAUUUGCAGUAUGAAGGUUAUAAAGUUUACAGGCCAGGCUUCUUUUCUGAUGUUGCUGAUAGUGCCCACUCCACUAGACUCGGAAGAAAAAUUGCAGGAGAAGAAGGAUCUCCCUCCACUCCAGUGACCGAAGAAAAGCGGUUCGCUUCUUCUCUUCUCGAGAAGCUAAUUCAGUACAUGGAUAUUACUGCAAUCAGUAUGAAGCUUCUGAAACCGAGUGGAAACUACAGCAGAAGGAUGAGCUUUAAAACAUCUACAAGGGAUGUCAAGUUUUUCAGCAAGGUUGUUUUGCCACUGAUGGAAAAAUACUUCUCUUCGCAAAGAACAUUUUUCUUAGCAGCUGCGACCAGCACAGCAACUGCAACAAAUGUCGGAAUAUCAACAGUCAAAGAAAAAGAAAUGGUGGCCAGCCUCUUCUGCAAACUGGCUGGAAUACUAAGAUCAAAACUGAGUGUCUUUGGAAGUGAUGCACGAAUAUCAGUGAAGUGCUUACAAGUUUUAAUUAGAGCAACCGACGCAAGAACAAUAGCCAAAAACUGUCCCGAUUUCGUGAAGACUUCAAUGUUAACCUUUUUCAAUCAAGCAGCCGAUGAUCUUGCUCAGCUGGUUACGAACUUAGCACAGGGCAAAUACAGUCAGCUUAGAGGAACUACGAUGAAAACUUCGUCUUCUCUCAAUUAUAUUCAGCUAGUUUUACUGCCAGUGCUCACAGCAUUGUAUGACCAUCUAGGAGCCAAUGAGUUUGGAUGCGAUUUGAUCUUAAAUGAAGUCCAAGUAGCUUGCUACAAAAUUUUAAACAGUCUAUUUACCUUGGGAACAAAGGUAGAGCUGAGUAAUAGUAGGAAAUUUAUCAAAACAGAAAUGGGCAGACAUCGUCCAGCUCUAGGUAAUUGUCUAGGUGCUUUCGCUGGCACUUUUCCUGUAGCAUUCCUGGAACCUAUGUUGAACAAGCACAACCAAUACUCCAUUCAUGGGCGUUUACAAGAAACUUCACUAGAAGCUCAAGCUGUGAUGGCGGAGAUGGAACAAAGUAUGCCAACUCUAGAUGAUUUGAUGUCUCAAGUGGAGAAAUUUGUAAACAGUGGUGGAAAAUAUUCUGAUACUCCAGCUGUAAUUGAUGUCAUUAUUCCCAUGUUAUGCAGUUAUUUGCCAUUUUGGUGGAGUCAAGGACCAGAUAACGUAAAUGUACAAUCUGGAAAUCACGUAACCAUGGUCACGAGUGAACAUCUUAACAGUUUGCUGAAAAAUAUACUGAAUCUUAUUCGCCGAACUGUAGGCGAAGAAAAUGCACCUUGGAUGGUAAAUAUAGCUGCUCACGCCGGUCAGAUUGUUAUCAAUUCUUCCGAGGAGCUUCUAGUUGAUCCAGUUCUUCCACUGGCUGAAAAAAUUGGCACACGAGCUAUGGCGGUUUUCCACAAAGAAGAAACUUUGCGGGGGUAUCUUAAGUCUGCUACCGAAGACACCUCUCAAGUAGAAGGACAAUUACAAGAUGAAUUCAGUUUGUUGGUUCGAGAUGUCUACGCAUUUUAUCCUCUUCUUAUCAAAUAUGUGGAUUUACAGAGAGCUCAUUGGCUUAAGCACAACACAAAAGAAGCCGAAGCGGUGUAUAACUAUGUGGCUCAGAUAUUUAAUAUGUGGUCAAAAAGUCAGUACUUCCGGAGAGAGGAGCAGAACUUUAUUUCCCAACACGAAAUAGAUAACAUGUCUCUCAUCAUGCCUGCUGCGGCAGGCAGAGGAAGAGCUAGCGUUCAAAAUGUCCAACAAACUGCUACAUCGUCUAAAAAGGUGAAAAAGAAACGUGAUCGAGAUGUGAAACGUGAUAAAGAAAAGGAAUUAGCUUCUAGCUUGAUGGUUGCUUGUCUGAAACGUUUGCUUCCAAUAGGAUUAAAUCUUUUUGCAGGCCGAGAGCAGGAACUCGUACAACAUGCAAAAGAUAUGUUCCUCAAAGGGAAAGUUCAAGAAUAUGAUAUUUUUGACUACAUAAAAUUACAGCUGACGCUGCCAGACAAGAUUGAUCCAAGUGACGUGAUGAGUUGGCAACACUACUUGUAUAGCAAACUGGGUACAAAGCGAGAAGGCACUCAGAAAACUUCUCCUGAUGAAUUGGUUGAGAAAAUCAUAGACAUGGCUAAAGUUCUUUAUGGUUUACAUAUGAUCGACCACCCUCAAGGUCAAAUGAAAGGUAUGAUUCGAAGUGUUGUAUCCAUGCAAAGAAAACGAGCUGUGAUUGCGUGUUUCCGUAUGACAUCAUUACACAGUUUACCCAGACACAGAGCUAUCAAUAUUUUUCUUCAAAUCUACAAAGAAAUGUGGCUAGAAGAAGAAAACACUGGGCAAGAACAACUCAUUGAGAAUCUCACGCAAUCCUUCGAAGAUGCUGAAACGAAAAAAGAGACUGAAGAAGCAGAAGUAAAACCUGAUCCUCUCAGCCAGUUAGUUGUUGCUUUUUGCCGAAAUGCCACAACAGAGCAAAGUGGAAGUAUGAAUGAAGAUGAUCUAUAUAUGCACUAUGCAGACAUUUUCAGUAAGAGCUGUGGUGGUGCCGAUGAAGAAGAAGAGGAAGAAGGCGGAGAUGAAGAAGGUCCAUCUAUACAUGAACAAGAAAUGGAGAAACAGAAACUUCUAUUCCAGCAGGCUAGACUUGCGGACAGAGGAGUUGCUGAGAUGACCUUACUGUAUAUUUCUGCUUGCAAAGGGGUUCAAAGCCCUAUGACGAUGAACACGUUACGGCUUGGAAUUUCUAUACUGAAAGGAGGAAAUGUGGAAAUACAGAAGUGUAUGUUGAAGCACUUGAAAGAAAAGAAAGAUGUCGGGUUUUUCACGUCAGUUGCAGCUCUAAUGAAUUCUUGCAGUGUACUGGACCUCGAUGCUUUUGAAAGGACUCAGAAAGCUGAGGGUCUUGGUGUUGGCUCGGAAGGAACAGCUGGUGAAAAGAAUAUGCAUGACAAGGACUUUACCUGUGCCCUUUUCCGUUUCCUUCAAUUGCUCUGUGAAGGGCAUAAUCUAGAUUUCCAAAACUAUUUAAGGACGCAGGCUGGCAAUACAACAACUGUAAAUGUGGUCAUAAGCACAGUCGAUUAUUUACUAAGGCUGCAAGAAUCGAUCAUGGACUUUUACUGGUAUUAUUCUAGUAAAGAUAUCAUUGACCAACCAGGCAAAGAUAAUUUUUGCAAAGCUAUAACUGUUGCAAAGCAAGUAUUUAACACGUUGACUGAAGUCAUACAGGGUCCAUGUUCUCUAAAUCAGCAAGCAUUAGCACACAGCAGAUUAUGGGAUGCAGUCGGUGGUUUUCUCUUUCUCUUUGCUCAUAUGCAAGAUAAACUAUCAAAGAAUGCUAGUCAGCUGGAUCUCUUGAAAGAGCUGUUGGAGCUGCAAAAGGAAAUGGUUAUCAUGAUGCUCAGUAUGCUUGAAGGAAACGUAAUGAAUGGAACAAUUGGUAAACAAAUGGUAGACACGCUUGUAGAAUCUGCAAGUAAUGUGGAGAUUAUACUUCGCUUCUUCAACAUGUUCCUCAAGCUGCCAUCUCUUGUGUCUUCCCCUACAGUAGCGGAAAUCGAUUCCAAAAAUACUGGGUGGAUUACACCGAAAGAUUUCCAAAAGGCAAUGGAGCAGCAAAAGAUUUAUACAUCAGACGAGAUACAAUACUUAAUGGGUUGCUGUGAACCAAAUCAUGACGGUCUUAUUGAUUAUAGGGAGUUUACUGAACGAUUCCAUAAUCCAGCAAAAGACAUUGGUUUUAAUUUAGCUGUCCUGUUAACGAAUCUCUCAGAGCACAUGCCAAAUGAUCCAAGGUUGUCGAGAUUCUUGGAAACUGCUAGCAGUGUUCUUAAUUACUUCGAGCCAUUCCUUGGUAGGAUAGAAAUCUUAGGUGGAGCAAAUAGAAUUGAACGAGUAUAUUUUGAAAUAAAGGAGUCAACGAUUGACCAGUGGGAGAAACCCCAAAUUAAAGAAUCAAAGCGAGCCUUUUUCUACAGCAUUGUCACAGAGGGAGGUGAUAAAGGAAAAUUGGAAGCUUUCGUUAAUUUCUGUGAAGAUGCAAUUUUUGAGAUGCAACAUGCCAGCAGCAUUUCUAUGGAAGACGAAGAGGAAGCUCCAAGUUGUGCAUCAGCUUAUCCAUUCCCAGGGGCAGACGAUGAGCCACCAUCAGCAUUUGACCCAAUCAAGAAAGGUUUGAAUUACUUGAAGAAUCAAAUAUUUGGCUCUCUAUCAUACCUGACUCCAUCCAACAUCAAGAAACAAAUUGCUAUCAUGAAAACGAAAACAUUGCCAGAGCUUAUUAAAGCAUUUUUCUUCACAUUAUUCUAUAGCAUGUUUUACACGGGCUGGCUAUUCUAUUCCACAAGCAAGAGCAUAUUCCAUGUGAUUUUGUUGCUGAUGGGUGGCCAGGCACUUGUUGAAGGUGUAGAAGAGGAAGUGGAAGAUCUGAAGCAAGAUAUCUGGGCAAAACCGGCGAUAAUGCCUAUAGAAGCGCCAUUACCUAUAGAGCCGCCUCCAGCGGAAGUGGCACCAGAAACCGGAGAUCGAGUAGCAGCAAUGCAAGCCUUUGGUGUUGAUAUAACAAAAGAUGAAGCUGGAGGAGAAGCAAAGUAUAUACUGUCCAAGCAAGCUAAAGGGGAAAUGACGCCUCAGUCAAGUGUUGAUCAAUCAGACGAAGCUGUCAGCGAAGAGGAUGGCAAAAAGACACCUGACAAAGGCGCUGCUGAAGAAGCGCCACAAGGCGGUCAUGCAGAAGCAAAAGCUGAGGCAAGUCAAGUUGCACUACAAUCCGAACAGGCUCAGGCUGCUGUUAUUGCUGCGAUGGUGUCUCAGGAGCCUAUAAAACCCACUGAAACUCCAGCUGUGGCAGCGAUAAACUUCAGAGAAUACGGAAGAAAACUCGUGAGCUUCUUGGCCAGAAACUUCUACACCAUGAAAUACCUUGCCCUUGUUAUGGCAUUUGCGAUCAAUUUCAUCUUACUGUUUUACAAAGUAACUACACCAGGAGCUGAAGAAGAGGAAGGUGAAGAAGAUGACAAUGAUGAUUCAGACGAAAGCGGCAUUUUAGGCAAUUUUACUAAUAUGGAUGACGAUGCAAUUCUUGGAGGUGACGAAGAACUGGAUGAAUGGGUGGUUAUUGAAGAAAAAGUUUUCUACUUGGAACCUGUCAUUCGCUUACUUGCCCUGACUCAUUCGAUUAUUUCUUUUUGCAUGUUGAUCGCCUAUUAUAAUUUGAAGGUGCCUUUAGCUAUUUUCAAACGUGAGAAAGAAAUCGCCCGAUCUGUAGAAUUCGAUGGACUGUAUAUAUCAGAACAACCAGCUGAAGACGAUAUCAAAGGACAUUGGGAUAAAUUAGUCAUCAGUACAAAAUCAUUUCCAGUAAACUAUUGGGACAAAUUUGUCAAGAAAAGGGUGCGAGAAAAGUAUAGUGAAACUUACGAUUAUGAUGCAAUAAGUAAUUUACUGGGAAUGGACAAAGGAAGCGCCUUCUCUCAAGAGGAGGAAACGUCUGGUAUUUUGGGAUUGAUAACAAGUAUGGAUUGGAAAUACCAGAUAUGGAAAGCAGGCGUCACUAUUACAGAUAACGCAUUUUUAUACAACACAUGGUAUUUUACUUUCUCCGUCAUGGGAAAUUUCAAUUUCUUCUUUUUUGCUGCUCAUUUACUUGACAUUGCUGUCGGUUUUAAAACUCUUCGGACGAUCUUGCAGUCUGUAACUCAUAAUGGGAAGCAGCUGGUGCUGACUGUUAUGCUGCUGACCAUAAUUGUGUAUAUAUAUACUGUGAUUGCCUUUAAUUUCUUCCGAAAAUUCUAUGUCCAAGAGGAGGAUGACGAAGUGGAUCAGAAGUGCCACAGUAUGCUGACUUGCUUUGUUUUCCAUUUGUACAAAGGUGUCAGAGCUGGUGGUGGUAUCGGUGAUGAAAUUGAUCCCCCUGAUGGAGACGAAUAUGAAGCAUACAGAAUCCUUUUCGACAUCACAUUUUUCUUCUUUGUCAUCGUCAUUUUGCUAGCUAUCAUUCAAGGUUUAAUCAUUGAUGCAUUCGGUGAAUUAAGAGACCAACUUCAAAGUGUUGUAGACGACAUGGAGUCUAAUUGUUUCAUUUGUGGUAUUGGAAAAGAUUAUUUCGAUAAAGUCCCACAUGGUUUUGAUACUCAUGUUCAGAAAGAACAUAAUUUGGCAAAUUACAUGUUUUUCCUCAUGCAUCUUAUUAAUAAGCCAGAUACUGAAUAUACAGGUCAAGAAACUUACGUUUGGGAAUUCUAUCAGAAAAGAUGUUGGGACUUCUUUCCUGUGGGUGAUUGCUUUAGGAAGCAAUACGAAGAUGAACUGAUGGGUGGAACAAGUUAAAAUCAAAUUUCGUCUGACUUCUUUUUUGAGAAAAAUUUUGUGAAGACAAUCUCUAAAAUGUUUUCUGUUUUUGUGAAAUGUGUAGUAAAGGAAGAUGAAAAGAAAUCAGUGAAAUGGAAGGACUGUUAAUUGCUUCCACCACGUGUAACGUUUCUGAUCACAGCGGCUAUAUAUGUACAGUAUAAUAAAAAUACAUUGUUUUCUCAUUUUU